CUGGGAAUCAGAAAUAAAGCAUGCAAAUGAUAAGCUUCCGAUAAUUUGCUUUUUAGAACCUCUUUGGUUUAAAGGGUACAUUUCCUCAGACACUUGCACAUUUUCCAUAGAGAGUGUGCAAGCUGCUAUCGGAACACCAUGAGCCUGACUGCAGAGAGACAUUCCGUUCCUUUGAAUGAUGGGAACACAAUGCCUCUUAUGGGAUUUGGAACCUAUGCCGACCCCAGGACAACACCAAAAGGAUUGGGCUAUGAGUCUGUAAAGGUGGCAAUUGAUGUUGGAUAUCGGCAUAUUGAUGGGGCCUUGGUCUAUUUUAAUGAACACGAGGUUGGACAAGCCAUUCGAGAGAAGAUCGCUGAAGGAAAAGUGAAACGUGAAGAUAUCUUCUACUGUGGAAAACUAUGGAACACCUUCCACCCACCAGAGCUGGUGAGGCCUUCCCUGGAAAGGACCUUGAAAACCCUGCAGCUGGAUUAUGUUGACCUCUAUGUUGUUGAGCUACCAAUGGCCUUUAAGCCAGGAGACACGUUUUACCCCAAAGAUGACAAUGGAAAACAUAUUUUUUACAAAACCGAUCUCUGUGCCACCUGGGAGGCAAUGGAAGCAUGUAAAGACGCAGGCCUGACAAAGUCUAUCGGGGUGUCGAACUUUAACCGCAGGCAGCUGGAACUGAUCCUGAACAAGCCAGGCCUGAAACACAGGCCCGUCUCCAACCAGAUUGAAUGCCACCCAUACUUCACCCAGCCCAAGCUUCUAGAAUACUGCAGACAGAAAGAGAUUGUGGUCAUAGGCUAUAGUCCUUUGGGCACUUCCAGAGAUGAGUCCUGGGUAAACUUAACCUGCCCACCUUUGUUAAAAGAUGAUCUGCUUAUUUCCAUUGGAAAGAAGUAUAAAAAGACAGCAGCUCAGAUUGCCCUCCGUUUCAAUGUUCAGCGUGGAGUUGCCGUCAUUCCAAAAAGUUUCAACCCUGAUCGCAUAAAGGAAAACUUCCAGAUCUUUGACUUCUCAUUGACUGAAGAUGAGUUGAAAGCAAUUGAAGGGCUGAACAGAAAUAUACGUUUCGUUGAGCUUAAAAUGUGGGAUGACCAUCCAGAAUAUCCAUUCCAUGAUGAAUACUAGCCUUCAGGCUUCUCCGACAAUCUGGUGAAAAUGAGAUUAAGAUGUCAUUGUCAUUCUGUAUAACAGGAGUGGAUUCAAUAAAAAAAAUAAUAAAACGGUG